CUUUUUCUAUCCUUCUCUUUGUAAAGAUAAAACGCUAUACUUAUUUUUCUUCUUCAAGUUACCCUCGAGGAAUAUCAAAUGGCGAGCACAUUAGCAGACCAUGUCGCACUGUACAAAGAGGGCCCGAAUUAUAUCUCCUCUCAGAAACCUCAGCGUAUGGGAAACUCGGCGCCUAUCGCGUACGGAGGCUAUGCAAUCGCCCUCGGAAUUCAUGCUGCAUGCAAGUCUGCUCCGGAUGGAUUCCACCUUUACUCAGCCAUGGGACACUAUCUCCGAGCAGUCAGCACAGAGACCGCCCUCAUCUGCACCCCUUCUGAACUCCGCAGAAGCAAGAACUUUGUGACUUAUCGGGUGCUUGUCAAUCAAAAAGUCCCAACCCCGGAGCCACAACUACGGUUGUGCAUGGAGCUUCUGGUCGAUUUGCAUAGAGAUGAACCAUCUCUGCUACAAUACUCGACUCAACCCACGCAGCAGUAUAGCCACUGGACGAACUGUAGCCCCUGGGAAUCUUUGAUAGAGAAAGACUGGAUUCAAACGGGCAAAGUCACGGCGCGAGAACUCCGCGCAUUCCACACCCUUUUCGGACUUCCCCGGAAUCUCUAUGAAACUCGUCCCUGCCCGGAGGGUAUCACUGCCCAGAAUCUCAUGGGUUUGAUCAAAGCUGCUGCCACGAGCCAAGACGACCUACUCCCGACGGCGAAGACCUCGGCGGAGUGGUUCCGAGUGAAACACUCUUUAACUUCAGAAGGCGAGGAGAUGGCUGCCUUAGGGUUCAUUAUGGACGGAUUACUGUCCUUCUUGCCUUUAGCCCAUAAUCACUUGUUCUUUCAGGAUGCGGAUGCGUGCUCCAGCCUGGACUUUGCUCUUCGGGUCUUCUCGCCCAGUCCCAAGAUGAACGAGUGGCAUCUGAGGGAGGCUAUCGGUCAUCACGCCGGCCACGGCCGUACGUACAGUGAGAGUAAAUUAUGGGACGAGCAGGGGAAUCUAACAGCCUGCAUGAGUCAGCAGUCAAUACUGCGGGUUCCUGGCAAAGCGAGAAUGUGAUGAUUGACGCUACUUAAGUCCAGGUUAACAACAAAAUGCCACUAAUUAAACCAUCGAAUAGCCGUAUAGGGAUAAAGGCCUUGAGACGCAUUUAUAGGCGAAAUGCCGUAUGCAAUAGACACCCGAAAGAGACCCGAAAUCAAACUCCACGAACUUUGAGAUGGUCUAAUUCUCAGGUCGAUUUUAAGCAGGUAGAGAGGACAGCGUUGUAUUAGAACGUGCAAUCUUCAUUUAUGGAUAUUAAAUAUAUGAGAACCG